AUUAAGACAGGAAAGUGGGUUGAGUUAAGUGAUGAUUAUCAUGACUGUUCAUAAGUCACUUAAGUUGGUAUAUAUGAGAAUGGUAAAAAAAUUGGUAGAUGGGAUAUUUUAUAUAAAAAUAGGGAUACAAAUAUAAAUGAAUUUAUAGGAGGAGGAUCAUACAAUAAGCUGAAUGAUGGCUAUAAAAUAGGUACUUGGAUUGAGUUAAAUGAUUGGUUUUCUGAUAGUUCUUAGGUUACUAAUAAUGGUGAAUACAAGGAUGGUUUAAAGUUUGGCAGGUGGGACAUUUGGUAUAAAAAUAGGGAUACAAAAUUAUAUUAAUUGAUUGGAGGUGGAUUUUAUUAAGAUGACGUCAAUUAAAUUAAGCUUGGGAUAUGGAUUGAGUUAAAUGAUGGAUUUUGGGAUUACUCAUAAGUCACAUAACAUGGAAAAUAUCAAAACGGUAAAAAAGUUGGUAGGUGGGUAUUUAAAUUUGAGGGGUCGUAAAUCGGCGGUGGUCUUUAUAAUGAAGAAGGUGAUGGCAUCAAGGUUGGGUAAUGGAUUGAGUUAAGCGAUGGGUUUUAGAUGUUUUAGUAAGUGGUUUAUAUUGGCGAAUAUCGAAAUGGCAAGAAAGUUGGUUCUUGGUUAGAAAUUAGAAGAGAAUGGGAUUAGAUAGAAUUUGUGAAGAAGGCUGAAGUGAAAUAUGAUAAUUGAUUUUUCAAUUCUAUAUCAUCAU